UUGUAAAUCGCUCUGUAGGUGUGGCUAUAGAGAUGUCAGUCAAAAUAGCUCCUCCUCUUCCUUUGAUCCUUCUGCUCAUGCUUCAAGGGGUUUCUAGUGAUAUUGGUUGGGUUGUGAAUUACAGCUCUUCAAAGAUCUGUGCACUAGAGGGUUCAUCUGUGAUAAUCCCCUGCACUUAUACAUACCCUCCUGGAUAUGAAAUCACCAAAGCAUUUUGGACCAAAAAUUCAACCCCAACAGGCAUAGAGCCUCUAGAUCUGUCUGAAGACUCUGAAUACAGUCAAAGGAUUCAGUAUCUGGGAGAUAAAUAUCACAGCUGCGCCAUCCAACUGACUGAUUUGAGAAAGACAGAUUCACACAAAUACUAUUUCAGAUUCAUCACUAAUAUAACAAGUGGAAAAUGGACAGGCACACCUGGAGUUACUCUUACAGUUACAGAUCUGCAGGUGGAGACACAGCAGAGAGUAAAAGAAGGAGACUCAGUGACUCUGACAUGUAAAAGCAGAUGCAGUCUGCCUGACAGAUCAACAUUCAUCUGGUUUAAACACACAAAGUCAUUAAGUGAGAGAACAGACAGAAACAAUCAACUCAUCCUACAGUCAGUUACAAGAGAGGAUACAGGCAGAUAUAGCUGUGGUGUACAGGGACACAAACUCAUAUCAUCUGCUACGUAUCUAAAUGUCAUGUAUUUGCCAAAGAAAACUUUGGUGGUGGUGAGACCUUCUGGUGAAAUAGUGGAAGGUGAUUCAGUGUCUCUGACCUGCAGCAGUGAUGCUAACCCACCUGUUUACGAGUACAAAUGGAUUAAGGGAAACUCAUUUGUAAGAUUUGGAAAGACCUACAGCAUCAAAAGUAUCAGAGCAGAUCACAGUGGAGAAUACAAGUGCAAGGUCUUCAAUAUUCUUGGAUGGAAAUACUCAAAAGCUGUGAUUUUAAACGUCAUGUACCCACCAAGGAACGUCUCAUUGUUCAUCAAUGGAUCUGGUGAAAUAAUGGAGGGUGAUUCUGUGAAUCUGACCUGCAGCAGUGAAUCAAAUCCACCGGUUCAAAACUACACCUGGUUUAAGGAAAAUGAAACAUCAUCUGUUGGGUCUGGACAGAUUUUCACAGCUCUGGAGAAUGGAUGGUUCUACUGUGUGGCUGAGAAUAAACACGGAUUUCAGAGAUCAGCUGCAGUUGCAGUAAUACUUGGUGGAAAAGACAUACUUUUGUAUUUAAUUGCUGGGGGCAUAAGUGCAUUUGGAGGUUUAAUUUUUUUUUUCAUAAUUUUGUUCUUUAGUUGUGCACACAGGAAGAAAAAACAAAGAACUAAUAACAUCAGAGCAAUGCAGGACAAUGACACAGGAUAUGAAACCAGACUGGCGAAGAUGCACGAUGACCUUGGCAACAACGCAUACACAAAUUUCAUCCCUGCAUGCAAUGUCUUUCAGGAGGAGGUUAUCUCUUCAUCUUCAGCAGAAGCUGACGACAGAUAUGACACAUACAGAAGUUAUGACACUGUACACGCGUCCUCUGAAGAUGUGUACUGUAUACCGGAUACACCUCCUGCUGACCCCAGUGAUGGCAUAUACAUGAAUUUUGACGCGGGCAGGUCCUUUGCAUCUGAUCAUGUCAAAUCAAACGUCUUCUAUAAAGAGUAUCCUCCUGAGAAAACUUCAGCAUCCAUCAGUGGAUCUGGUGAAAUAAUGGAGGGUGAUUCAGUGACUCUGACCUGCAGCAGUGAAUCAAAUCCACCUGUUCAGAUCUACAGCUGGUUUAAAGGAGAAAAGUUAGUGGGAUCUGGACAGAUCUACAGCAUCACGAGUAUCAGAUCAGAUCACAGUGGAGAAUACAAGUGCAAGUCCAGAAAUAAACAUGGAGAGAAAGAUUCAGAUGCUGUGAUGCUGAAUGUGAUGUAUUCAGCAAGAAAUGUUGUGGCGUCCAUCAGUGUAUCUGGUGAAAUAAUGGAGGGUGAUUCAGUGAAUCUGAUCUGCAGCAGUGAAUCAAAUCCACCUGUUCAGAUCUACAGCUGGUUUAAAGAGAAUGAAACAUCAUCUGUUGGAUCUGGACAGACGUACAGCAUCACUAACAUUAACUCCAGACACAGUGGAUGGUUUUACUGUGAGGCUCAGAAUAAAUAUGGAUCUCAGAGAUCUGCUGCUGUAUCAGUCACAGUAACAGGGGUUCAGGGUGGUCUGUACACCGUUUAUUGGAUUGUGGCAGGAUGUGGUGGUUUGUUUUUCAUCAUAAUCUUCAUCAUCCUGUUAAUUAAGAAGCGCAGGAGAGAUCUCACAGCAGAAGACAUCAAGCAGAAGCAGACGGCUGACUGGAGUGAUGAUACAUACACAGCUCUGAAUCCUGAGUCCAGAACAUCUGAUGACAUUUACAACACAAUCAGAUCUGAUCAGUGCAAGGCUGCUGAUGGCGUCUACACGACUCUUGAGCUUCAGUCCAGAUCUUCUGAAUAUGACACACUUACAGUAAACAGACAUUAAACUCUCUCUCAAUGCCAAUAUGGGAAAAAACUCUCUUGAUCUCUUUGUCAUCUCUCCUCAAUAGUGUCUUCUCUGUUUUGCUUAUUUUUGGAUGAAACUUUUUUAAAGUUAUUAAAUUUCAUGAAAACAACACACUUAUAAAGUAAACUAUGAACAUGUUGGUUCUAAACUGUACACAGUGUGCCCUGUACACAG